GUGAAUAUUUUAGCUUUGGGAUUAGCAAAUCUGAUUGGAGGACUUUUUGUCAUGGGUCACAAUGAGGAGCUGUAAAUGCUGUUGAUAAAUUGGACGCAUCAAGCAUUUCGGAUGAAGUGCUACUCAAUCAUGGAAGUGGUCAACCGUUGACAACGCUUGCUGGUAGAACCCCAGUUAAUAAUGGAGAAUCUACAGAAAAUGCUAUGUUGAUACCUCAACAGGAUGGACUAAAGCUACUGAUUCCUUCAGUUGUGGAUUCUUCAGUUUGUGAGAAAUUGCCGAUAGAACAAAAAAACGAGGUGUCUACAGAAAAGAAAAGUGCAGACAAGGAGACUAUUUUCGCAUUGCAAACACCGGUUGCUGUACUUGAAGGAUCAGAUAUGAAUGUGAAAGUGAGCAUUUCAGCAGAUAUUCCACUUAAAAAUGAUAAAAAUGUUGGGGUCACACUUCUUACUGAACCUGCAAAACAAGGUGAAGAUGCAAAAUUCAAAAGUACUCAUAAAGGCAAGGAAACAGUAAUAAUUGUAGAAGAAGGCCCAAUUGAAUCAACAGCUACUCAAAGAGCAGAAAAUAUUGGCAAUUCACCAAAAACAGGGCAUACACCACAUACUACAACUCAACUUCAUGUGGGGAGAGUAAGCUCCACAGCUAGAGAAGUUCAUGGAGUGGAAAUAAUUAAAAGCAUUGUAUACGGGGGAUUAAUCGAAUCAAUUACAAGCCUUGGAGUCGUGUCAUCUGCUGCUGCUGGUGAUGCGGCCACAUGUAAGUGUGUUCUUUGGGAACUGAAAAAAUAUCAAUCUGGAGGGGCCUCCAAUCAAGAAACAGAGCGAGUUGAUUGGUACCAGGAACUACUGGGACGAAGACAAAAUUUCUUAUUUUAUGCAGCUGCUGCCGUGUUAUCAUUCCUUGUUGUUGGCCUACUGCCUCCAGUCAUCUAUGGCUUCUCAUUUCAGAGGAGUGAUGAUAGAGAUCUCAAGCUCGUGGCAGUAGCAGCGACUUCACUUCUAUGCAUCAUCCUACUUAGCAUUGGAAAGGCUUAUGUUCAGAGGCCUCCCAAGUCUUAUAUAACAACAGCAGUAUACUAUGUUAUGAUAGAGUUUGGAGUCUCGGCUGUUUCCUUUGCAGUAGGCAACCUAAUCAUGAAACUCCUGGAGAAGCUUCGUUUAUGUCAGUCCAAUUCCCUUGUAACCCUGCCACUUCUCAAGACAGAACCAGUGAAACCAUUAUGGGCAUCCUAUUAG